AUGCAGCGUCCUCAAGAUCACAGGGUUGAUCUUGGUGAGUUGAAAGUGCUUAUUGUGAAGAAGAUUGGGGUUGAAAGAUCUAGAAGGUAUUUUUAUUACUUGGGGGGGUUUCUGAGUCAGAAGCUUACUAAGAGUGAGUUUGAUAAGUCAUGUUACCGUCUUUUGGGGAGAGAGAAUCUUGCCCUACACAACAAGUUGGUUCGCUCGAUCUUGAGAAAUGCAUCCGUGGCUAAAUCCCUACCAGCUGUUCACAAAACUGGUCAUCCUGAGAAGUCGUUGGUGCUUGGGAAAGAAGAUGGACCUGAGCUAAUCCCUAACCAUAAUAGGAAUGAUCAUGUUUGGUCAAAUGGGGGGUUACCCAAGGUUCGGUCCGGAACGUGUGACCGGACAAUCAGAGAUAGGCCUAGUCCACUUGGGCCAAACGGAAAGGUUGAAAGUCUGUUGCAUCAGCCACUUUGUAGAGAAGACAAAACCGGUAAUAGAAACGCAGAGAACGGAGAUUUAGGUCAUUUUGCUUAUCAAAGAUCAGGUUUAUAUGCUGAUGAAAGAGGCGGUGCAUUUCUUUGUCCUGCUGAAAGAAUGAGGAUACCGGAUAAAGGUACGGUCGCAGCUCCAGUUAGCAGAGAUGAUGAAGCUCAAGAGGAGCGAGGUAGAUUGAUUCUUUCCACGAAUCCUGUAAUUGCACCUCUAGGGAUUCCAUUUUGCUCGGCUAGUGUCGGUGGGGCGCGCAGAACAGUUCCAGCUUCUACCGGGGUUGAAUUUAUUAGUUGCUAUGACAGUGGUGGAUUAGCAGACACAGAGAUGCUGCGAAAGCGGAUGGAGAAUAUUGCAGGAACACAGGGUCUUGCAGGGGUUUCACUGGAGUGUCCUGGUAUGUUAAAUAACAUGUUGGACAGGUACCUGAAGAAACUGAUCAAAUCAUGCAUUGAUUUGGCUGGAGUUCGGUCCAUGAAUGGAACAACGCCUGGGAAACCAACUUUAGACAAACAGCAGAGCCGAGAUGAGAUUGUAAACGGCGUGCGGCCGAGCAAUAGUUUGCACAUACAAACUAGCAAUCAACCUUCUGACAUAACACAAGAACAGCAUCCGGUGUCUUUGCUUGAUUUUAGAGUCGCAAUGGAGCUAAAUCCGCAACAACUUGGCGAAGACUGGCCAUUGCUUCGGGAGAGAAUUUCCGUGCGUUUAUUCGAGGAACAAGAAGGGGUGUGA